AUAUUUACAGAGACUAAACGAAACAAUUUCUUAGCUUAAUUUAAUAGCUUUCCUUGUCAAUUUGCGUCUCCAUAUGGGCCAUUUAUUCGUUUUAUACAUAUGUACAUAUUGUUUGCGCAACUGUCAAGCAAUGAUAACAGAAUGAGUUUGUUUAAAUAAACAUUAAGUGUUAGGCACCCGUUCAUUAUGUUACUACGCUUGCCCCUGGUGCUAGCGCGCUUUCUGAACAAUGGACGGCUGCGAAUGCUGUUCCUGGGGCUAAUGCUUUUGCUUUUGAUGGGCAUACUGCUAACAUAUAGAUGGCAAACAAAUGUACAGCUCUGCUUCAUUGAGACCGAGCCGGCAGAAUCGGCAUCCAGUGGUCCAGUAACAGAUGGCAAUGCGCCAGUGCCAAGAAUUUUGGACGAUGUGCUAACAACAGAGCCAAAGCCAAUACCUGGACGCAGCAUUUUUUUUCAUGAGACCAGCUGCCAUCGGCCGAAACGCAAAAGACAGCGUCCUGAUUCACAGUACAAUAUGUUGCAGUUGACGGCUCGACAGGCCUGCGCCAUUGAAUCGGCCGCAUUGCACAAUCCGAAUUUUCAAGUUUUUGUCCUAUUUGCUAGUCCCACCUAUCUACAUUAUGGCAACAGCAGCACAGGCGGCAGCAGUGGCUAUCAGCGCCAUCAGUCGAUUAUCGAUGCCAUUCUUAGCUAUAAAAACGUACAUCUACGACAAUUAAAUCUUUGGCGGUAUGCAGCCGGCACGCCCAUUGAGGAAUGGCUAAAGGAUGGACGCCUGUUUCGUUCAAGCUAUCUCUUCUCGCAUAUAUCAGACUUUUUGAGAUUUCUAACUCUAUACCGGUAUGGUGGCAUCUAUUUAGAUAUGGAUGUAGUUAUGCUGCGCAGCAUGGAGGAUGUGCCGCCCAACUAUACUGGCGCCGAAUCAAAUACUCAUUUGGCCGCUGGUGUCAUGAGCCUGGCACCAACUGGCUUUGGCCAUGAGAUUGCCGAGGCGUGUCUGCAGGAUUUCCAAAGGAAUUUCGAUGGCAGUGACUGGGGUAACAAUGGACCUGGUGUUAUAACGCGUGUCGCCCAAAAGAUUUGUGCCACCAAGGACAUUGCACUAAUGCUAGAGGAUCGAAAACGCUGUCGUGGUUUCAAGGUAUUCGAUCGUAAUGCAUUUUACGCCGUACCCUGGAAGCACUGGCGGCACUUCUUCGAACCGCAACUGCUCGAACAGACGAUGGCCCAUACGAAAGACUCGUUUCUGGUGCACGUGUGGAACAAGCACUCCAAGCAAUUGGCCAUCAAGGUUGGUUCGAGUACCGCCUAUGGCAAGUAUGCAGAGCAACAUUGUCCCAGGGCGUAUGCAGCGGCUGGCGACUAUUUCUAGUGAGCCAAUAAAGUUCAACAUGACCAAAGAGUUAGGCAGAAUUAGGUAAGUUAAGUUCAAUUUGUU